CCAUCAUCCGAUCGCCUCUGCCUCCCAUCAUCUGAUCGACUCUGCCUCCCAUCAUCCGAUCGCCUCUGCCUCCCAUCAUCUGAUCGCCUCUGCCUCCCAUCAUCCGAUCGCCUCUGCCUCCCAUCAUCCGAUCGCCUCUGCCUCCCAUCAUCCGAUCGCCUCUGCCUCCCAUCAUCCGAUCGCCUCUGCCUCCCAUCAUCCGAUCGCCUCUGCCUCCCAUCAUCCGAUCGACCCUGCCUCCCAUCAUCCGAUCGCCUCUGCCUCCCAUCAUCCGAUCGACUCUGCCUCCCAUCAUCCGAUCGACUCUGCCUCCCAUCAUCCGAUCGACUCUGCCUCCCAUCAUCCGAUCGUCUCUGCCUCCCAUCAUCU